AAGUGAAGUAUUGAAGUUGCAAAUAAUGGGUCAGUGAAGUAACAAUCUCUUUCUCAUUUUCUCUCUCCUCCUCCUCUCGAUAAGGCCAUCCAUCCAUGUCGAGAGGAACAGGCAAGCUAGUUGAGCAGGUGAAGCAAUUCGCCGAUACCCAAUGCAAAAACUUCACUCACCAUUAUGGUCAGCAAGUUAUUGACGUUUUCGAAUUCCCUUUAAGGGUUGUUCUCUCUCCUUUCACCAUUGCUUAUGGCAUUGCUGGUUCUGCCCCUCGAGGUUUUGGUAUUCCAGAAUUCAUCUCCAAAGUUUCCUACACUACUAUAUUUGCAGUUGCUACUCUUGGAACUUGGGAUAUUGCAUUUGAGCUGGGGAAGAAAGUGAUAUGUCAGAGAGAUUGCCGAACCUGUAGUGGAUGGCAGGCAUUACGGUGUACAAUGUGCAGAGGCAGUGGGCAGGUACACUAUCAAGUGAAAAGUUACACCUUGAAAAGUGGAGAAAAACCAACUGCUGAGUCAGUUGCGGAUGCAAUUGCUAAUAAUCAAGCUGAGUUGUUUCAUAUUCCUUCAGCCAUUGAUUUGCAUACACCAUUGCCAUCGAAGGAGUGUCCUACUUGUGAUGGAACCGGUGUGAUGAAAUGUCCUGAAUGUAAGAACAAACUACAAAUACGAAUCUCUGCUGAUGAUAUUAUGGAGCCUCCAUGGAAAGCUUAUAAUGUCUUAAAAAAAAUGGACUAUCCAUAUGAGAACAUUAUCCAUAGCAUGAAGGAUCCAAGCAUUGCUGCAUUUUGGCUUCUAACUAUGCCACAGAUUGUUGGUGGAUUCAACUUUGACGAUGAAGUCAAACAGAAAAUAUGGUGGCAAUACAAGGAGUCAAUGCGCUAUGAUAAUUUGCGAGAUGUAGUGGCUCAACGACAGCCUGGAUGGGAACAUUUGCAACAAGCCUUAGUCACGCUUGAUCCUGCCCGGGCUAGAGAUGACCCUGUCGUUGUAAAAAAUGUACCUUACUACAAGGCCAAAAAAGCGCUAGAGAUGGAAGUUAUGAAGCUUGAUCCUCCCCCACGACCAAAAAAUUGGGGUGAAUUGAAUCUUCCAUUAGAUGCAUCUUCUUGGAACAAGGAUGACCUUAAAGAUCCGAAGAAGAUGGAUGAAAUGACUCUUCUCCUCAACGCUCAAAGGGAGAUUGCUGAAAAAAUUUUGGAUGCGCAAUGGGAGGCAAAAUGGCGUCAUAAUAAGUUGAAUGAGAUAUUGGAAGAGAAGGUGCAACCAUAUAUUCAGAAUUUUGACACUCUUUCUCAACCAAUCAUCAUGCAUCCACCAGUUGAAGACAGAAAGCGGAAAUCAAGGCAGCGGAGAUGGUGGUUCUUUUGAAAAAAGAUCAUACGAGGUCAACAAGGGUGUUGUAUUUUUGAUAGGGUGUGGCUUCUGAAGAUUGUUAUAAUAUGUACAUUUCGGAGUAGUCACUCAGUUAUCUAUAGUUUAGUUACUUUUGUGUCUUCAAGCUUUGUUUUAGCAUGAUGAUGGUUGGAUCUGUUUUCCAGCAAUUCUAGCCUUGUAACCCCAAGUUUUUCAGACGUAUUCCCCUUGCUUUAUACUGAGGAAGAGGGAUAUACUAUUGGUAAAAACAUUGAGCUAAAUUGCUUCAUGUUAUUAUUUCAAAUAUAUAAUUUCAUAUUUUAUCAUCAGAUGAUUGAUUUC